AUGUUCGCCUUCGCCCACCCUCACUCGCACUCGUACUCGCCCUCGAGCCCCUACACCUCGCGCCCGACCUUCCUCGAGCUCGUCCCCUCGUCCCUCGUCUACGAGCGCCACCCGCACUACCACCACUCGCACGACUACCUCGCCGAUCAGCGCCGCCGUCAACGCCAACUCGCCCUCAAAGAGGCCGAGGCGGCCGAGCGCCGUCGCCGCAUCCAGGAGGACCUCGAGGUGGCAGCCUACCGUGCGGCCGUCGCCGCCGAGGUCGAGCACCGUCGUCGUCAGGCCGCCUACGCUCGCGAGCAGCGUCGGCGCCAAGACGACCGUCGCCGGCUCGUCGAGGCGAGGCGCGCUCGUCAGCGUCACGUCCACCCUUACCCUCGGCAGCUCCUCGACCUCGUCUUCCAGCACCUCGACGCCGCCGCCCUCGACGACGACGAGCACGCCGACGAGCACGACGAGUCGUCCGACGACGACGAGCAGCAGCUCGUCCACCUCGUCCCGCUCGGCGCUCCCGACUUGAGCGAGCACGACGAGGCGUCCGCCGCCAGUUCGGCGUCCGACUCGGCGUCGGACCUCGACAUGGUCGCGCUCGUCGACGAGAGCGACGACGACUCGGACGCCGAGAUGGCCUCCUCCCCCUCUCGCGACUCGGCCCUUUCGACCCUCGCCUCCCUCGCCUCCGAGUUCGCCUCCCGCCGCUCCGCCUUCACCUCGCCUUCGACCCUCACCUUCUCGCCCUCGCCCUCGCCCGCCGACCGCGCCACUCGCUCGCCGACCCCUCCCCUCGCCUUUGGGCGCGCCAACGCCGUUUUCCUCGGCUACGAGGAGGCGCUCCUCGCGCUCUUGACGCGCAUCGACGCUGUCGAGUCUGGUGGCGACGACGGCGUCCGGCGGACGCGCAAGGAGCUCGUGCGCGCCAUCGAGGACGAGCUCGCCCGGCUCGACGGGAUCAAGGCGCGCGCGUGGGAGGAGCAGAGUGGGAGCAGCGCGGGCGAGAGCGACGCCGACGACGAGUCGACCGAGCACGAUGCCGAUGACGCUGAAGACGUCCUCGAGCUCUCCUCCUCCUCCGACUCGGACAUCGACACCUUCCCUACCUCUUCGACGUCUCACGCUCGCCGCAACGCCUCGACCAAGGUCCCCUUCGUCGCCCCUUCCUCGACCUCUCGCCACACCCGUUUCGCCUCUCCCGCGCUCUCCUCGACCUCGACCUCGUCCUCGGCCGCCGACCCUGUCGAUGAGCCCCUCAACGCCGGCUCGGACGACGUCGCGUCGCUCCUCCUCGAUGUCCACAAGGCGCACGACGAGUUUGACGAGAUGAGCGACGACGAGCGUGAGCGGCUCGAGAUGGAGGCGCUGCGGGCUGCGGAUCGGGAGUCGGACGGCGACGACAAGCAGGAUCUCGAUGGCGACGAGGAGGGUGUGUGGGUCUACUGCUAG